GAGAGAGAGAGAGAGAGAGAGAGAGAGCUACAACAGGAUAUUUUGUCACUAUGGUUACUGGCAGUAGAUCUUAAUUUCUGUAUGUCAUGCUGCUCUCAUUCACGAGUUUGCUGUAGUGCUGUAGUGCUGUCAGGACAGCCCUUAUAGUCGAGAUUAGCUUUGCACAAGAAGUGCCAUGUCUUUUGGAUCCAUGUGACUUAAAGCAAAGGGAAAACAUAUUCCAUCUGUGAGCUACUAGUUCCAAAAAUAUCAAGAUGGGUUCUACUGCUGCGCCUGUGAACGUCGCCUUCCCAUCCCCCAACAAUUACUCUAACAAGACCACCUGUGACACCCUGUACGCCCACCGGGACUACGCCAGGGUGCUCAUGCCUCUUUUCUACUGCAUCGUGUUCCUGGUGGGGCUGCUCGGGAACAGCCUCGCUCUCCAUGUCAUCCGUCCCAAUCUGAAGAAGAUGAACUCCACCACCUUGUACUCCCUCAACCUGGUCAUCUCCGACAUCCUCUUCACUCUCUCCCUGCCCGUGAGGAUAGUCUACUAUGCUCUUGGCUUCCACUGGCCUCUUGGUGAGGUGCUGUGUAAGAUCUCGGGACUCAUCUUCUACAUCAACACCUACGCCGGUGUCAACUUCAUGACCUGCCUCAGCGUGGACCGCUUCAUCGCCGUGGUCCUGCCUCUGCAGUUUGCGCGAUUCAGGAAGGUCAGCAACGUGCGCUACAUCUGCGUCGGAGUGUGGCUGCUGGUCCUGGCGCAGACGCUUCCCCUAGUUGGCAUGCCGAUGACCAACCUGGAACCAGACGGUUCCAUCACCUGCAUGGAGUACCCAAACUUUGAGAAGGUUGACCACGUUGCCACCAUACUGAUAGGCGCCGUCUUCCUGGGUUAUGUCCUGCCCGUGGUGACCAUCCUCGUGUGCUACUCGGUCCUGUGCUCCAAACUGCACUUCUCAGCCAAAAGCAACCAUCUGACGGAAAAGUCCGGCCGGAGCCGCAAGGCCAUCGGUGUGAUCUGCUGCGUGUCCCUGGUGUUUAUCGUCUGCUUCAGCCCCUAUCACAUCGACAUCCUGCAGUACAUGAUCCGCAAGCUGGUGUCGAGCCCCGACUGCGCCGAUCUCACGGCCUUCCAGGUGUCGCUGCACAUCACCGUGUGCCUGAUGAACCUCAACUCCUGUUUGGAUCCCUUCAUCUAUUUCUUUGCCUGCAAGGGCUACAAGAGGAAACUCCGAAAGCUGCUGAAGCUGCAAGUCAGCAUGUCCUUCUCCAGUGCUGUGAGGACGUCACCCGAAGGCUCUUCCAAGGAUAUUAUAGACGGCAACAAGAUCCAACUCAACAGUUCAACAGUAGGCUACGCCAGCGAGAGACUCACAGAGAGGAGAUUUAUUCAGCCAGAUAAAUGAAAGAACUGAGAGUUAAACAAGAAAAGAGGACCUUUUCCGCUUGAGGCCUACUUUAAUCAAGACCAGUCAAAUAGAUCGAACAAAUCAUCUUGAACAUUAAAAUGGACGCGCUUAUGCCAUCUACAUAAGGAAAGUAUUUUUUUUUUAAGAACAUCAACAGACCGACAGUAUGGAAAUCCAGAAUUGCUGUGUUUACAUAUUUUCUUAUUAGUAUUUGUGAAUUUCUCAGGAAAGCAGAGGCUACUGCAGCAAGUAAAGCAAUUAAGAAAAGAGUAUAGUCUCCUACCUGGAAAGACUUGAGCGCUGAUGAGGAAGCGCAUGAAGCAGAACAUGUCGGAGAUGGACAGUCGAGUUGACAUCAAGUCAAACCCACAUUCAAAUUCCUAUGGGCUUGUAAUGUAGUGAAAGCUUAGGUUAUGUGCAGUGUGUGAAGAGUGAAGCAGUAUACUCACAUGACAAACGUUUGAAAGCGGAAGUGUAAUAUUUGCAACCGGACAAUGACCUCAGCGUUACUUUUAUGAACUGAUGUGAUCCGGUAGAUGUAGACAUGAGUUUCCGUCCAAAACAAAAUCAGACUCACAAUCUCAGGUUUCAGUUCAGCACAUUGUAAUACCUCAGGAAAGUGUUCAGUCAUUAUUUAAACUGCCUGCCAACUGAAUUAACCUUAAUUGGUGGGAAAAGCACCACAUAUAUCUCUGUUUUAACAUUAAUUUCCUUGUUAUAAAAAUGGGUCUGGUUUAUGUCAUGUAAUUUAAAGGGGCCCCGCUGAGUUUUCUUGUAAACAUACAGAAGUUAUGUUUACCUGCAGUGCUAUUCACCAUAACGCAAUGUGUGUAUUCUUGAGGUCUAACAAAUGUGUUAAGUGCAUUUCAUUCCUCAUUAAACAUUUGCUGAGCCAAUUGUUUACAUCCAUGUGUACUAGCUUG